ACUCCAAGCCGCCGAGCUGCGAGGACGCCUGGCUGGAGCUGCCCUCUGCAGCUGAGCCGGCGCCCCCUGCCCUUCGCCCACGGCGCUGGGCUGGCACCCCCGCCGCCCUCGCUCCGCUCCUCCCGGCUCUCCUCCCUGUUCUCCUCCCGCAGGUCCCGGAGCUCCUCCACCGCCGGGUGCGGCGGAACCGGCGCGAUGCGGCAGCUGUGCCGGGGCCGCCUGCUUGGCAUCUCGGUGGCCAUCGCGCACGGGGUCUUCUCGGGCUCCCUCAACAUCCUACUCAAGUUCCUCAUCAGCCGCUACCAGUUCUCCUUCCUGACCCUGGUGCAGUGCCUGACCAGCUCCGCGGCGGCGCUGAGCCUGGAGCUGCUGCGGCGCCUCGGGCUCAUCGCCGUGCCCCCCUUCGGCCUGAGCCUGGCGCGCUCCUUCGCGGGGGUCGCAGUGCUCUCCACGCUGCAGUCCAGCCUCACGCUCUGGUCCCUGCGCGGCCUCAGCCUGCCCAUGUAUGUGGUCUUCAAGCGCUGCCUGCCCCUGGUCACCAUGCUCAUCGGCGUCCUGGUGCUCAAGAACGGCGCGCCCUCGCCGGGGGUGCUCACUGCCGUGCUCAUCACCACCUGCGGCGCUGCUCUAGCAGGAGCCGGCGACCUAACCGGCGACCCCAUGGGCUACGUAACAGGAGUGCUGGCCGUGCUGGUGCACGCCGCCUACCUGGUGCUCAUCCAGAAGGCGAGCUCGGACACGGAGCACGGGCCGCUCACCGCGCAGUAUGUCAUCGCGGUCUCCGCCACCCCGCUGCUGGUCGUUCUCUCCUUCGCCAGCACCGACUCUAUCCACGCCUGGGCCUUCCCCGGCUGGAAGGACCCAACGAUGGUCUGCAUCUUCGUGGCCUGCGUUCUGAUCGGCUGCGCUAUGAACUUCACCACGCUGCACUGCACCUACAUCAACUCGGCGGUGACCACCAGCUUCGUGGGCGUGGUGAAGAGCAUCGCCACCAUCACGGUGGGAAUGGUGGCCUUCAGCGACGUGGAGCCCACCUCUCUAUUCAUUGCCGGUGUCGUGGUGAACACCCUGGGUUCCAUCAUUUACUGUGUGGCCAAAUUCUUGGAGACCAGAAAACAAAGCAACUACGAGGACCUGGAGUCGCAGCCCCAGGGAGAGGAGGCGCAGCCAGGUGGAGACCAGCUGCCAUUUGUCAUAGAGGAGCUGCCGGAGGAGGGUGGAAAUGGCCAGCCAGAAGGUGGGAAGGCAGCAGGUGGCUCCGCUCAGCAAAGGGGGCAAGAGGCGAGGGGCAGCCCCAGAGGAGUCCCGCUGGCGGCUAGUAGCAGGCAGAUUUCAGACAGCCCUGAAGAAGCGAGCAAGAGGUCAUUAAAGGAUGCUUACCUGGUAGUGUGGAGGUUAGUCAGGGGAACCAGGUAUAUGAAAAAGGAUCAUUUGAUAGAAAAUGAGGAGCUACCCAGUCCUUGAAAAGGAAACGCAUGUAUGUAUAUAUGUACAUAUAUACUUAUUUUAUAUGUUAGAGAUAACAUAUUUUAAUGAGGGGCCACCCAAUUUUAUUCUUUGAGAAGUGGGGCAGGGAAGCAAAGAAAGAAUCUGAAUCAGAAUGACAGCAACAAAAUCAGGUGUGAAUUAUUUAGCAUCAGUUUAUCUGAGGCAUCACAAAGACAAAAGAAUGUCCAGGUGCUUAACAAAAUAAGACAGCAGUUUCAGCUGCAGACUCCUGGCACAUUUUUUUUGACAUUAUAACCAUAACCAAAUAUCUGCAUGUACCGAGUCCCUCAACCGCCCCCUCCAAAGAUGGAGUAUAGAAAUGAUGGCAGCAUGUAAUAAGCUCAAAGAUUACAUCCAGGUGCACAUUUUUGAUGAUAGAACUAGUUUUUUUAUGGCCAGAUGGGCAAAGAGUAUAUUAUUGAAAAGAUAAUAUAAAUACACCGAAUUGAUGUUUACUGUUUAUAGUCAUCUGAAAUAUCAUGUUUACUCUAUUUUUUCUUCACUUGUUUUUAAAAAAUAAGUGCUCUACUAUUCUAUUAUAUAUUGAUAAGAAAUGUCAAAGCUAUUUUGAAAAUGUGAGUUCUUAGCUUUAAUUAUGAAGUUGAACUUUGGCUUUUAGUAAUUACUAUAAAAAUAUUUUAAAAGUUGUUUUGGUUCACUGCUUUAUAAUAUUUAUUAAUGAAUGCCAUGACCUUUUUAAAAACCAGUUUUACUGUGUCCAAUAUACUUUCAAGCAAAUGCAAUAGCUGAAAUAGAAUUCAGUAUUAAGAAGCCCAAACAGAAGGGAAGCCUUUGUUAAGCUAGUCCUUGAAAUGGCAUUGCACACCCCAAACCAUGUUACAAAAAGAGCAACUGCUAUAUUCACUUGAUAGUUUUUCUAUCUUAAAUUUGUCAAAAUAAAGUAUGAGUCUAUCU